UCAAGUGAUUUCAGAAAUAAUUUGUAGGUUAACAUAUUUAUGACAUGCUAAAUAACGUUUUCUUGUUAAAUGUAAAUAAUUCAAACAGAAGCGAUGUCUGCUUUUAAUAGCAUUUUAUUUAUAAACAUAAGUAGAGUUUGUAGAAUUUGUUUAACGGAGAGUGCUAGUAUGAGAUCUAUCUUCAGUACUCUUGAAGAAAAUGAAGCCCUGGAAGAGAGCGGUUGUAAUUUCUGGGAUAUUUUAAAAAAAAUCACGAGUGUACCUAUAUCAGUAUCGGAAGGCUUUCCCACGCUGCUUUGUUCAAAUUGUGUUCUGCUUAUUCUUGGCGCCUAUAAGUUCCAAAUACAAUUCCAGCAUUCCAAUUCCAUAUUACAACAAUAUCUGACAGCCUGCCAUGUAAAACAAGAAGUUCACACUGACUCUGUAUUUGAUUAUGUACCAAAUACUGCUGAACUGACUUACGAGACAAAUGUAACCGAAAACUAUAUCGACGCCAUUACAAAAACCCAAAAUGAGCAGUACGGUAAAAGACAAACGAGUAAACAACAAAUUCAUAAACGCACAAACUCAAGAGUGUGCAAAAAACGUGGACGUAAACCAAAGACUGAAUUUGGAGAGGGCGAGGACGAAAAGAGCUCAAGUGAUCAUUCUCUGCAUCCGUGCCCCAUAUGCACCAAAGAAUUUAGCGCAUUAGACUUGAGACAGCACGCACACACUCACAAAGCUUUAAGAAAGUAUCUUAAUAUUCCUGCAAAGUAUAGAAUUUUGCCCACAGUCCAAUUUUACAGAAAAUUUAACCCGAAUAACGUCACAGUAGGGCUCCACAGUCUUAAAGACAAAGUACAUAAAUGUGUUGCAUGCCAGUUCCAAUGUAACGCUAGUCAACUUCGUAUACACCUACAAUUGCAUCGAAAUCAAACUGAAUUUAAAUGUGACCAGUGCCAACGUGUGUUUAAGAAACUAAAUCACCUAAACACUCACAGGGUGAAACAUUUAAAAGAGUGCCCGUUUAAAUGUGAACAGUGCGGUAAGGGAUUUGUGAUUCAAAAGAACUACGAGUGCCAUAUGCUGACUCACAACACAAAUCAGGAAUUGCCACACGAGUGCAGCUUCUGUCUAAAACGUUUUUCUAACCCUGAACAUCUGAAUCGUCACAAAAUAAUGCACACGGAGAAUGUUACCUAUUCCGUUAAAUAUAAGGUUUGUAAAUGUAACCAUUGUCUUAAGUCAUUUCGAGAUCGUGCAAGUUUACAAGAGCACAUGUGUGUCCCUGUCGAACAAAGUGCAAAUAUUCGAUACCCGUGCAAGGUAUGCAGUAAAGUGUUCAAGCAUUCAAGUGGAUUAUAUAAUCACAAUAGAAAUAUUCACAAAUUAAAAGGUGCCAAAGUACUGUGCUCGGUUUGCGGGAAUUACGUUUCUAACAUUUACAAUCACAUGAUGCGACAUAAUGGAGAGAAGCCUUUCCAAUGCAAUCAGUGCAAUAAAAGGUUCGUGGGUAAACCACAACUUCGUCAACAUCUGCUUGUGCAUUCAGGAUUAAAACCUUUUGUGUGCAGCGUGUGCGCAAAAGCGUUUAAUAACUUAUACAAUUUACAGGUGCACGAGAGAAUUCAUAAAGGUGAUCGAUGUCAUAUAUGCAAUAUUUGUAGUAAGGGAUUUUUAGAAAAGUCCUACCUUAAAAAGCACAUGAAUGUACAUACCAAAAUUUAAAUUGCGCUUUAGAUGUAACAUAAUUGUAUAAUGAAUAAUGAUUUAUUAAUUCAGUGAA